AUGCCGGAUCAGAUAGCAGGCCCAGACCGGGCCACGCAGCCUCUCCUCCAGCCCGCGUCCGCCCAGUACGGCGGCAUCUCAGACACAGAUGCCACGCCCAAGCCUCCGUGGCCCACGCACGACCAGCACCACAUCCACCAUGACGGCGUCAGCACGACGAAGGGCAAGACCCUGCGCAUAGCCGCGGCCAUGUUCUCCUUCUCGGCCAUGGGCCUGCUCCUCUCGACCAUCGGGCUCAUGCUGCCCGCCCUCGAGGCCCACUACCGCCUCGACGACGCCCAGGUCUCGCUCAUCUUCACCGUCGCGCCCGUGGGCUACAUCCUUGCGACAUGCCUGACGGGCACGAUCCACGCGCGCCUCGGGCGCAGGGGCAUCGCCCUCGUCGGGCCGGCCUUGCAACUCCUCGCUACUGUCGGCGCGGGACUGCACCCCGGACGGUACGAGGUGUUUGUGGCGUGCCUGGGUGUCGGGUCCGUCGGCAUCGGCCUGCUGGACGGCGCGUGGUGUAGCUGGGCCGGCGGGUCGAUGGGAGGGGCCGCGAAUACCGUGUCCGGCUUGCUGCAUGGGUCGUUCUCGGCGGGUGCUGGGCUUGGGCCGCUCUUGGGCGGGCUGGUCAUGGUGCAGGGUGGGCUGGAGUGGUUCGUGUGGUAUUAUAUCCUGGCUGGUGUCACGGUCAUCGAAGGUGUCGUGCUCGCUAUUGCAUUUAGAAACGACACGGCCCAGAAGUAUCUCGAGGAGCGGGCAUACCUCGUUACAGAACUCAGCAACGGUGCAGAGGAUGAAAGUACCAGCCUCCUCAAUGGCCCCAGCGAUACUGACGACGCUGGGCCAGCCAUCAUUGCCUAUGAGAACGGCAUAGAGCAGGACAGUCGGGGGCCGGCCAAGCCGACAGCACAUCACAGCUUCUCUUCGUCUUCUGCCCGCGCCAUCCUGACCCACCCGGUAGUCUGGAUCUGCGCGGCCUUCCUCCUUGUCGAAGUUGGCGUCGAGUCCUCCGUGUCAGGCUGGGUUGUGCUCUUCCUCCGCCGCGCGCGGAAUGCCCCCGUCCAACUCGCGGCCGCAGGGUCCUCGGCUUUCUGGAUCGGCCAGGCUGUCGGGCGUCUCUCCCUCGGGCCGGCGACAGACCGAUACGGACUACAGCGAGCUGUGACAGUGUAUCUUGUCGGGGUUGUCGUGUUUGGUAUUGCCUUUGCGCUGCUCGGCCUUGGUCAGCAGGGUGGUGAGGAUGGUGAGGAGCAGCAGAGGAGCAGCAGCAGUGCGAAGCUAUCUGUCGCGCUGGUCGCACUGAUGGGCGUCUUCUGCGGCCCGCUGUUCCCCUCGGCGAUUGUGCAGCUUACGAGCGCUCUGCCCAGGGAGCUGCAUGUCGGUGCAGUCACGUAUGUCGCCAUGAUUGGGCAGAUUGGCGGUGCGUUGCUGCCCGUCUGUAUCGGUCUGCUGAUCCAAAGGCUGGGGAUUGAGACGUUCCCGAGUGUUGUGGUUGUGCAGAUCGUGUUGGCGCUGGGUUUUUGGCUGCUGUUCCCGGUGGCGGUCAAGGGGGAGGCCAGAAGGGAUGAGCGAGAAUCACUCCGUGCAUGA